AUGCACACGAAAGUUUUAAUUAUUGGUUCUGGAGCGGCAGGUUACUCUGCUGCUAUAUAUGCAGCACGUGCAAAUUUAGAGCCAAUUGUGGUAACCGGUAUGCAGCCUGGAGGUCAGCUAACAAUUACAACGGAUGUUGAAAAUUAUCCUGGUUUUAUUUCGAUACAAGGUCCAGAGCUGAUGGAGCAGAUGAGAUUGCAUGCAGAGAAGGUUGGUGCGAAAAUAGUAGACGAUGAAAUAAAAAGCGUUAAGCAACUUGAUGGAUGUAAGUUUAAAUCUUACGGCAAUUACAAUGAUUACCACUCAGAUGCAAUUAUUAUUGCCUCUGGUGCACAAGCAAGAUGGCUUGGUUUAGAAAGUGAAAAAAAAUUUCAAGGUUAUGGUGUAUCAGCUUGCGCAACUUGUGAUGGUGCAUUUUUUAGAAACAAAGUUGUAGCUGUCGUAGGUGGAGGAAAUACGGCUGUUGAAGAAGCAAUAUUCUUAACUCGCUUUGCGAAAAAAGUUAUGCUGAUACAUAGGCGUGAUAAGCUAAGGGCGGAGAAAAUAAUGCAGGAUAGGCUCUUUAAAAACGAUAAAAUAGAAAUAAUAUGGGAUCACGCAAUAGAGGAGAUAUUAGGAGAAGAAAAUCCCAAGAGAGUAACUAGCAUUGUGAUAAAAUCAACUAAAGAAGAAAGUGCUCAAGAAAUUAAAGUUGAUGGAGUAUUUAUUGCGAUUGGUCAUGCUCCAAACACAGGUGUUUUUAAAGGUUUUGUGGAAAUGGAUGAGCAAGGCUAUAUUACUACAAAAUCUGGAACGACUUUAACUAGUAGGUCAGGUGUGUUUGCAGCAGGUGAUGUGCAGGAUAAAAUAUAUCGUCAGGCCGUGGUUGCAGCUGGUACUGGGUGUAUGGCAGCACUUGAUGCAGAAAAAUUUUUGGAAGAAUAG